GCAGGAAUGGCGGCUAAGAUUACUAGAGGAAGGAGCCCAAAGACCAUGAAACUUUACUUCUAACGGCCCCGCUGAGGAAUCUGUCUCCAGCGAAACGCAGAAACACCGCCCCGUAACGGAUUACCGGGAGAAGAAGUGCUCUAAGGAGAGAUUGAGGCGGUAGAUGUCCGGGCUGAGCUAGUUAGCUUUAGUGCCACUGACUUUGAUUCAAGGAGCCGCUAGCUCGUCGCUCUGCUAGCCAGCUGUUGGCUACUUGGCUUGGCUGGACAACAAGUUCACUAAGUAAUUAACUGUAUGAAAACAUUCCUUAUUUGAAUCUUUAAGUGGUGAUCAUCUGUCUUUGUCACCAGAUAGUAUUAGGGUUUCUACGGAGAGUUGAAUCAAGUCGCCACAGCGCGGUGAGAACAUUAUUCCUGCUAACCAGCUAGUUAGGAUCCUGAAGUCUCGCCCAUUUGUUGGAUCCUGCCCCAGCCAUUGGCUAAAGGGCUCAUCAACAGCCAAGUAGUCUGGUUUUCAGGGCUCCAUUGGUACUAAGAUGGAAAGUCUAACGCUGACUGAUGUCGAGCAGAAAUAUUACUCGGAUCUGUUCGUUUACUGCGACACGGACAACACCAAGAAAGUGGCUUCAAACGGGAGAGUUCUUGACCUUUUCCGGGCGGCCCAGCUGCCCAGCGAGGUGGUCCUGCAGAUCACAGAGCUGUGUGGAGCCACUCGGCUGGGUCACUUCGGGCGGAGCCAGUUCUACAUCGCUCUGAAGCUCAUUGCCAUCGCCCAGUCCGGUCUGCCCCUGAGGGUGGAAAGCCUCAACUCGGUCAAAGACCUGCCGCUGCCCCGGUUCGUAGUGGGGAAGAAUGAGGCGGAGGCGAGACACGCGGCGCUCUACCAGGACACAGACAGUCAGGGCCUGUACCCUGGCUCCGCCCACGCAGUAAUACCCAGACCACCAGGCAGGGGGGUCCAGAACAAGAAAGGACCCCCAACCACCACCUCGCUUCCUGCCCACGAGGUCAUCCAGCCCCUCGCACCCAACAUAGAACCACAGCCUGAACCGACGUCCCCAGUGGUCUCCCCUCACCAGUCUCCCCCCACCUCUCCUCCCUCGUGGAGGAAACACAAGCGGCAGCCCAGCGGAGGAAACGCCGACAGGCAGCCGGUGGUGGCGCCGACUGGAGCUGUGUGGACGCAGUUCAGAGAUCCACAAGGAGUUCCAGUUCCCACUGAUGGCAUGUGGCCGUCCCACUCGCCCCCGCCUCCGGGUCAGGAGAGCUGGGUCAGUUUCACAGCGGACACCCCGCCAUCCAGCGCAAUCCCAGGAAUGCAUCCCUCGUCAGUCCAGGAAAGCACAACAAUACGAACGGUGGCCUCAGCAGCAACAACCAAUGAGAUCCAGCGACAGUCGAGCGGCUACGACGAUCCGUGGAAGAUCACGGACGAGCAGAGACAGUAUUAUAUCAACCAGUUCAAAACCAUCCAGCCAGACCUCACCGGCUUCAUACCUGGUUCAGCCGCAAAAGAAUUCUUCACCAAAUCAAAACUACCGAUUUUAGAGUUGUCACACAUUUGGGAGCUGUCAGACUUUGAUAAAGACGGAGCGCUGACCCUGGAUGAAUUCUGUGCCGCCUUCCACCUGGUCGUGGCCAGGAAGAACGGCUACGACCUCCCCGAGAAGCUGCCUGAAAGCCUGAUGCCAAAGCUGAUUGACCUGGAUGACUCAGCAGAGGUCCCGGAGCAGACUGCAGACGUUGGAUACUCGGGCUCCCCGGUGGAGGUCACCCCCAGUAAAUCUCCCUCCAUGCCUUCACUCAACCAGGCCUGGCCCGAGAUGAACCAGAGCAACGAGCAGUGGGAGACGUUUAGCGAGCGCUCCUCCAGCUCACAAACUCUGACCCAAUUUGACUCUAACAUUGCACCAGCUGACCCUGACACGGCCAUCGUGCACCCAGUCCCCAUCCGGAUGACACCCAGUAAGAUCCACAUGCAGGAGAUGGAGCUGAAGAGGACCGGCAGCGACCACAACCACCCGACCAGUCCGCUGCUGGCUAAACCUCCCGAACUGUCCGAAGAAGCCAAAUUACCUGCCUCCAUGAAGUUUGUAGCCGCCAACACUGUCGGUGAUGGUUACAGCAGUUCAGACUCCUUCACCUCAGACCAGGAGCCCAUCACAAGACAAAGGUCUCAGUCGGGAACGUCUCCAGAGGCUCUGAAGGUGGUGGCCCCCCCUCCACCCCCGCCCCGCCCCCACCCCUCUCACUCCCGCUCCUCGUCUCUCGACAUGAACCGCACCUUCGCUGCCGCAACCGCUACAGGACAACCACCAUCCUCUACGAUAGCUUACCCGCCCGCCGUGCCUCCUCGACCGCUGCCCACACAGUCGUCGGCACCACACGGCGGGCAUCGUGCAGAGGCCGAGGCUGCACCAGGAGGCGGCGCGGCGCUCACCACCACCUCCCCUCAGCAGAUUCCUCAGCAGCCUAAUUUCGCUGACUUCAGUCAGUUUCAGGCCUUCGCUGCAUCUGAACAGCCUUCCAGCCUGCCAGAGGUCGAUAUACACAGUGAGCCUGGACAGGUGGAAAAGUCUUCAGAGGGAGCCGGCCCUUUAAGAACAGUCAAGAGUGACGGCCAAGCAGACGAGAGAGUCCCAGCUAUCGUCAACUCUGCCAAAGUUUCGGGGUCCGGCCCGCUAGCGCCUCCUCCAAAACCAGUGCGCCGAAGGUUGAAAUCUGAAGACGAGCUUCGACCGGAGGACGAGCAACACGGUCCGCAGAAAUCAAACGUCAUAGCUGCCGUCCUGGCCACUCAGCCCUCCAUCCCCAGGUCAGUAGGAAAGGACAAAAAGGCGAUUCAAGCUUCAAUCAGAAGAAACAAGGAGACAAACACAGUGCUGGCACGACUUAACAGUGAACUGCAGCAACAGCUGAAGGACCUGCUUGAAGAGAGGAUAUCCCUGGAAGUCCAGCUGGAGCAGCUCAGACCUUUCUCUCACCUUUAACCAACGUGAAGAGGGAAAACCCGGCUGUUCAUCCGAAGCAAGACUGUGGCCCUCCGUGUGACUCCCCCUCCAUCCCUCCAUCCCUCCAUCCCUCCUUCCCUCCUUCCUCCAUCUCGGCUUUCCCUGGAGGCUCCGGCCUGCUGCAGGGUGCUCCGUUAAAAACUCUUAACGCUCAAUCACACACGUAUUAAUCAUAAAAACCGGAAGGACCUGAGAGCACAGUCUUACCAAGAGGAGGAGGAGGAGGAGGAGACAGGAGCGUGUGGGGGGAUUUUACAAACUGGCACUUUUUUCAAGUAUCUCUAAAGAGAGGAACGUGAGGACGACAGCGGACUGAGAAACGGUCAGGAGCGGCGGACAAGACGCUCUGAAGACAAACUGCUGGGGUCUGAUUACUUAACUCUCUGAAUGACUGAAGAAGAAAGGCAGAGUGUGUUUGUCGUGUGUGUGUGUGUGUGUGUAUGUUCGGUCGUUUGUGUUCCUGUUUAGUGACUUACUUGAAGCUAGCACCAAUAUGUUUAUCCUCUCUUUGGGUACAGACUCUGCUGCACCAAACUCCUGUUAAAAAUCUGGCAAAUUUCAAGAAGCAGUUCCGUGUUUUUGGGAAAUAUGCUUCUUUGCUUUCUUUUUUAAGCAUUUGAAGAGAAGAUCCAUAUCAAACUCGUCUUGUGCAGUCAAUCUUGUGCAGAGAUGGGGUCUGUGAUUAGCUUAGCUUAGCAUAAAGACUGGAAGCAAGGGGAAACAGCUAGCGGGGCUCUGUCUAAAGCUCAAAAUUACAAAAACAGUAACUUAAAAACAUAAAUUUCUGUUUUUUUUAGGGGGAAAUCUCUUCAUCUAAUUUGAGGGGAAGUGUAUUUCCCAAAAUGUUGAACUAUUAUUUUUUACUGUGCUCUCAAUUAUUGGUGUACCUGCUUUUCUACUGCCUUCAGAACUGGAAAACUGUUGUGGAAAACAGGACGCUAAAAGCAUUUCUGCUUUAAAUAUUAUCAAUUUGCCUCCCAAAUGUCAUGGUAUUCAAAUAAUCAGUUAAAAAUUAGGUAACAAAAACAUGCUUUGACAACUUAGAGGCUUUGAAAACAUGAGAAAGUCCACACCAGGAAUCUACAUUUGCUAGUAUGCAAAAAAUUGACUUUCUUUUACCUGGACUUUGGUGUGGUCGGUCUCUUCAUAAACAUACUGUGCUACUUCUGAACAGGACUUUGUGUGUGUUUUUGUGAGGCCUUUAAUGGCUAAAUCAUCAUGGUGAAGGCUUUUUUUUUUUGUUGACUCAUCCUGUGACAUGAAUUCAGCCCGCCUCUCUCUUCUUACUGCCCCUUGAAAUCUACGUGCGUGUUGAUGGCGUGAUGCGGUGAAUGGAUGUCGUCUUCUUUUUUCUUUAUGUUACACAGUGUUUGGGGUUUGAUGUGACUGAACGGUUAAACUUUAUGCCAAAUGACUGAACUAUCACUGCUCUCUCACCUCUACUUUGGGCUGUGUUUAAAAAAAAAAAAAAAGUGCAACCUCUUUUCCCUCCUACAGGUUUCUUUCUCUUGAUUUUUUUUUUCAAACACAGCUGUGUGUGAACAUCUCAGCUUUCUUUUAAACAUCUAAUACGCGGUUGCUGCGGUUAAUUCCCGUCUUUUACCUUCACCUCGAUGGGAAACUUUUGAGUUUAAGUUACUACAAGGAGUUUUAACUGGUUAUGGAUUAAUCUAAAUGUAAUCCUGGUGCCUCUGUUUGAGCUAAAUAAGCAAACCAGACCAUCGGUGGAGAGGAUUAUCUAUUUUUAAUAGAUAAGAUGCUGGUUGGGAGGAUCUUACAUGUGAUUAGAGACCAUUUGUUCAUUGACUUUGGAGGGAAGUUUCACUGUGUUAACCAACAGCUGGUGGAUGAAGAGAAGCUGCAGAAAGGCAGUACGGUACUCAUGCAGCUGCAGGACUUGGAGCUCAACACCCACUUCCUGGGGGCCAACACCAUCAACACUGCUGGGGGUCCACGCCGUAUCGCUGGGCUCGCUGGCGGGAAGGGACGCACAGAAGAACCAGAACCAGGACUGAGCAGGGCAUCCUGUCAGACCCCGCUGCAGUAAAAUAAGAGGUUUUCUGAAGGGAGUCUGGUGCACUACCGCUUUCCUCCACCGGGGCCGCCAACAUCAACACAACAGUUCCUUGUAGUAACUUUAAAACAGACAUUCACUUGAAGGUUUUGGAGAUUUUCCAGCUGCUUGACUGCAGGAAGCGGCAUUUAUGAAGAAUUGUUGUUUGUGACCGGGGAGAAGUUUUCCUGUGAUUUUCCGGUCAGCAAACACAACGUGCACAGAUCCAAACUGACGGUGCAGAUAGAGUAAAAAAAGAAUAUUCAGCUGUUUUCCAAUCGGGCAGUCGGCACUAUGCAAGUACGGGCGAUACAUCCUCACAACUAUACUUAGCUGUUUGUACUCUGAUAGUAGCAACUGUGUGAACAGUAUACUCUGGUUUUUGUAUCUUAGAUCUUCCAGAAACACCAUCUACUGUAUGCUUGUGAUUCAUUUUGCCUUUUAUUUUUUUGUUUGUUCGUUUUCUGGAGCUUACCCUGCCCCCCCCCCCCCCCCCUCCUCCUUCCCCGGCUCCAGAGGAAAGUCCAGAUCAGUGUUUUAUCAGGGCACUUUCACCCUAAAUCGGCAAGAUGCGACCCUCGCUGGGUGCGGAUGAAGCUUAACAGGACUACAGACGGAGAGCAGUCGACAGAGUGGAAAACCUGAAUGACCCAACUGCACUUUGAACUAAAACCCUCCCCGCCUCUCCCUCUCUCAUCCCUUUUUUCUUUUAUAUUUGUUACACCCCCUCUUCUACUUUCUUUUAGCAUGUUGUUCUCGUCUUUCACAUGUAAUUUAAAAAAAAAAAGAUGCUUUAAGGAGAAAGAAAAUAAUGAACCACUCGAGUUUUAUUUCUUCAGUACGACCAUGGAAACUGUACGUUUUUUUUUUUGUGCCAGUACCCUAAAAUCUCCUGUCUUGUUUGGUCGAUUAUUAUUAUUUUUUAUGAGUGUUUUGUCCCUUUUGGAGCUUCCUGUGUGUUCACGAAGAACCUUGUCUUCUUCGAAAAGCCUUACUCCCCCCGACUGGCAUUCAGGUUUCCACGGUGGCCGACUGACCUCUCUUCCUUGUUGUAUCAAGGCUCGCCUUCUUUUUUCUGCUGUUGAGGACGAUGAUGUACUUGGUGAGUGUGUGUGUGUGUGCGUGCGUGUGUGUGUGUGCGUGUUAUAUUGUUUCAGACCUGGAACUAAUACCAUUUAAAACCCUAUUAAAAACCUUCACGUGGGAUUGAUUUAUGUUUGCUAGCACAAUAGCUCCCCGUUCAUCCUUAAACCCAAAAGGCAAUCCAGGCAGGCAGAAGCAAUCACCAAGUCUUUGAUGGGAUUUUUAAUGCUAUUUGCUCCCAGAUCUGUGUUGUAUAUUGUAUAUGAUACACACUUUUGGACUCAUAUGUAAAUUUGCAUUAAUUGCUGACUAACAGCGAAAGAAUAUUCUAUUUAAUUCCUUCUCUCUUGGCUGUGGGAUCCUAGAUGUUUAACUGCAUGGAUGUACUGUAUCUCUGCAGAGUCAACUAGCAGCUGUGUGAUUUUUACACAAAAAUAAAAACGGCACAAUAUUUUAAACGCU